AUGUUUGGAAAAUCUUUUGUAAUCCUACUUUUGUUGGUGACCCCAGGAGAAGCAAGGAAGUCAUUUCUCAGUUUCCUGAAUGUACAAAAUUCAGAAAUACUGUCAUUUACAAAGACAAAGGAAGCUGUCAUCGUAAGGUCCAGUUACAAGGACAAACGGCCAGACUCCAGCUACCUUUUUGUGAAGGUAGAAGAUCCAAAGGUGCUGCAGGUGGUCAACGUGACCAAGACCUCGUGGGACGUUACAGACUUUACCCUCAGCCUAAAGACUUUCCCGGGAGAGACGAACAUGACCAUUCAGCUCUGGACUUCUGAAGGUAGGCACAAAAGACUCAUUGAAGAGAUAACAGAUGUUAAAGUCAGAGUGCUCGGACAGACGGAAGACAGCCUCUUCCAGGCACCAGUGCAUGUCAAUCAGUAUAUCUUGCUGCUUGUUUUAUCGAUGAUCCUUUUAAAUAAAUGUGCCUUUGGCUGCAAGAUCGAGUUCCAGGUACUUCAAACCGUAUGGAAACGACCUCUGCCAGUAGUUCUCGGGGCAGUGACACAGUUUUUUCUGAUGCCAUUCUGUGGUUUCUUUUUGUCUCAGAUUUUGGGACUGCAUGAAGCACAAGCUUUUGGAUUUGUAAUGACCUGCACAUGCCCAGGAGGAGGUGGGGGCUAUCUUUUUGCUCUCCUUCUGGAAGGAGAUGUCACUUUGGCCAUUUUGAUGACUUGCACAUCGACAUCCCUGGCCCUGAUAAUGAUGCCUGUCAAUUCUUACAUAUACAGUAAGCUAUUAGGGUUAGCAGGUGUCUUUCAUGUUCCUGUUUUAAAGAUUGUGUCUACACUCCUGUUCAUUCUUACACCAGUAUCAAUUGGUGUGGUCAUCAAGCACAGAUCACCCGAAAAAGCAGUCUGUUUAGAGAGAGUAGUUCGGCCUCUGAGUCUGACGUUAAUGUUUGUAGGGAUCUAUUUGGCUUUCAGGAUGGGACUGGUGUUUCUGAGAAUGACUAACCUAAACGUGCUUCUUUUGGGGCUUUUGGUUCCUGCACUGGGCUUUAUGUUUGGGUAUUUCUUUGCUAAGGUCUGUAUGCUGCCUCUUCCUGCUUGCAAAACGAUUGCUAUUGAAAGUGGGAUGUUGAAUAGUUUCUUAGCCCUGGCUAUUAUUCAGCUCUCUCUCCCACAGCUCAAGGCAUAUGAAGCCUCUGUGGCUCCUUUUACAGUAGCCAUGUGUUCUGGAUGUGAAAUGUUCCUGCUUUUUCUGACCUACAAGGGUAGGAGACUAGGAACCCUUAGCACAGAAGCUGAGAAAGCUCCCCUAGUCUAGAACUCUAGCACUCCUAAUCCUUGCCCUGGUUCAAACCGUGCAUCAACAAUGCCUGCUCUAAAGUCUCCUUUCAUCUGCUCGAAGGCUUGACGUGGAGGUGAGAGUAUUUCUUCUAAUACUUGUAUGUUUUACAUAUUUGUGUGUGUAAUAUGUUACACAUCUAUAUUAUAUAAAUAUGUUAUAUAGAACACACACAUAUGCUACCCAUAGUAAACACCCACUGACUGCUACAGUACAUAUUGAGAAGGGGCAUUAAGAUACCCUUGCAGUUGUUAGUUUGGUAAUGAUUUUACAAUCUCUUAAUGAGGAACAGCAAUGGAAAUAACAAGUGAAUCUUGUAUAUCCUGAGUUUUAAGGAAAGGCUGUCCUUACAAUGGGUAGCAAAUGCUUACUCGGGGAAUGAGCAUGCAGAUUUCUGUCUGGCCUCCCCACUAGCUCAUUGGGAAGCAGCCUGUCUUGAAUAAACACAGCAAGGCUGUUUUCACAGCCGCGUGUGCUUCUGACUUCUAUACUACACACCAAAGGCACGGGAACUUAUCUGGAAAGCUUGUCUCUCCCUCGCUGUCUUUUUAAACAGUCCACCUCGUUACUGUGAAAUGUUUCAUCAGUGUCUGCAGCAGCCUCCUCCCCGUUCCCAGCGCUGCUUCCCAAACCUUCCAAAUGGACUUUGACUUCUCUCUGCCAUAUUAAUCUUAAUGUUUUAUUUGGAUUACGUUACAUUUUCCUGCAA